AUGGCGUCGAUUCAUCAAGUUAUACUAGAUGGCCGUUUAUCACAAUUAACAUUGUUAAUUAAAAUGGAUUGCAACGUUAAUGGAAAAGAUGAUUUUUCUCGAACACCGUUGCAUCUUGCAGCACUAUCAAAUCAAGAACGUUAUGGAUAUCGCGUUGGACGAGUGUUACUUCAGUCAAGUGCUGAUAUAAAUAUUCAAAAUAAUCAAGGGCUAACACCAUUAGCGUAUGCUAUCAUCUUAAACCGACCAAAACUUGUUGCAUUGUUUCUACGAACAAAAUCGAUCGAUUGGAGGUUAACAGAUAAUGUAGGAAAUUCUCAUUUGCAUUAUGCUGCUAUGUGUCAAAAUAUUCAAAUUUUAUCAUUGAUCGUUUAUGAAAUGCAAACAAUUGGAUUAUCCAUGGAACCAAAAAAUGAGUUAGGCUAUUCACCAUUAUUAUUAGCCGUUAAAAAUCAAAAAUAUGCGAAUGCUCUAUUUUUACUUGACAACACGGAUGCAUCACCAUUUGUUGUUGAUGAUGAAUAUCAUAUGAAUUGUAUACAAUGGACAAAUUUCGUGGAACCAAAAAUGAUUGACAACAACUGUCGACGAUUGAUAACACGUACCAGUACAUCAUCGGGAAGACGAAAUCAUGCCGAUUUAAGUUUUCCAAAUUAUAAAUGCUGGUAUGGUAUAGCAAGUCCGUAUAAACGUAAAGCUGAAGUUAUUUGUAAUCAUCAACAUGAACCAACAUUUGAAGAUAGUACAUUCACACCGGCAAUAUUGUCACCACGUAGUCGUUCAUCAGAUAAUACAGUGACUUUAAAUAAAAAUGGUUCACAAAAUCCUUAUACAAUGUGGUUGUUACUCAUGCAACGAUUACAUAAUCGAUGUUCACAAUUAACAACUCCAGCGACACCGGACAAGUCAAAGAGUCCAACAUACCAUACAGAAUUUUUUAAACGAGAAAACACAUGGUCUGGUGCGACGGAACAUCAACAAACAAUUACGACAAUAACAUCGCCUUGGCAUACGACCAAGAGUUCAAAGGUUGAAGUAGUCAAACUUUUAAAUCAUUAUUCGAGUACAAUUGGCGCAGAGAAUAUACGUUUUAAUCAUUCAUUUCAUGAUAGACCAAAAAGUAUUCUAAGAGGUGUUAAGCCAUUGAGUAGAAUAUGGACAUCGAAAGAAGUGACAUUUGAUGUAUAG